CCUCAGUAGUUAGCCUGCGAUUAUCGUCGAGAUCGCUGCGACCCUUACUGCGGACAGUGGCAGCGCACCGGUGCCUGUAAUCGCCUUGAUGAAGGCUGCUCCUUGAGACUUGCUACCAAUUAAUUGUUGACUAGUCUAUUGACGGAUUACCCAGGGAGCCUUCACGAUGCCUUUGACUUUCUGUCCUAACUGCAGCAAUGCGCUCACAAUCUCACGGGCGGAACCCACCCCAAGACAUCCCUUAGGCGUCAAUCGCUUCGAGUGCCGCACAUGUCCGUACCAAUACGCCCUGGAUCAGAGCUGGUUCGAGAAGACACCCAUGAAGCAAAAGGAGGUGGAGGAUGUCUUUGGCGGAAAAGAGGAAUUCGCAAACGCCGAUAGCGUGGCCACUCAAUGCCCCGCAGAAAACUGUAAUGGCGACCGUGCAUACUUUUUCCAGCUGCAGAUUCGGAGUGCAGACGAGCCGAUGACCACAUUCUUGAAGUGUACCACAUGUGGCGCCAGGUGGAGAGAGAACUGAUGCUACUCCCUUGUUAGAGUUUUAUAUCCCUGGAACGAUUUGUUGUUC